AUGGCCACAGAAGCCCCUGUGAACCUCGCACCACCUGAAAGUAGCACCGUGGUCGGUAUCUCAGUUGACAACUUCAUCUGGCAGCCCAGCUCUCUCAGGAUGCAUGUUAUCAGGCCCAAGUCUGCCAAGGGCCGGAAACGGCCGAAUCUGCACAGAACACAAGGCAUGGGCGAUGGCGCUCCCAGUGUACUGUCGGCUUCAUCUCCGCCAUGUUCCUCUGGGUCGUCCAGCAGCCAGAAGCCAGGGGCCUGUGCACCCGUCUCUCCAUCUCAGGGAACCCCUGAUGAGAUGCUGGAGCUGCUGCCGCAGGUGCUCGGCGGGUCCACCUCAUCGCUCAAUAAGUACCCAGUCCUCCCUUCCAUCAGCAGAAGGAGCCUGGAGGACGGAGCUGUGGACACGGUGGCCAGAAAGGCCAGUUCUCUACAGCUGAGUAACAUCCAGGCGCUUUACCAGGAGGAGGCCCACACCACUGUAAAGUCAAGCCAAGAAGAUUCCAGAACCCAAGUCUGUGCCUUAGAGAAGAAAUUCAUCAUCCGCACCAAGAGACAGAGUUCCUCUAGGUCCUCAAACAUGGAGGAGCCAACAGACCAAGAGCCGAGGCUGUUGCUGGCUAUCAGGUCACCCUCAGGCCAAAGGUUUGUGCGCUACUUUAGGCCCGCUGAUGACCUACAGACUGUCCUUGCGGUGGCUGAGCAGAAAAACAAAGCCACCUACCAACACUGCAGCAUCGAAACGAUGGAUGUGCCCAGAAGACGUUUCUCUGACCUCACUAAGUCCCUGCAGGAGUGUGGUAUUCUCCAUAAAUCCGUGCUGGGUAUCUCCCCAGGAGGGGGGGAGGGGUUGGGCCAGACACCCCCAGCUCAUCUGCAUCCCUUUGUGGCCAAAUCCCCAGUUGGGAGUCAGGAACAUGGAGACCUUGUGGGUUCCCCCUUAGAGCACAGUCACCACAGGGCCCUGGGUGCUAGUACCUGUCCCCAGGCCCUCAGUACACAGACAAGGCAGAGUUCGGGUGUUCUUGGAGCAUCCUCGGAACAGGGGCAUCUUGUGCAUGAACAGCACAAGUGGUUAGAGACUUUCCUUCGGGCACGCUGCCCCUUGGUGACAGCGACGGUUACUCUGAGCAGGCUGGCUCCUCCUUCCCAAGCCACCUCCAGCGCCACACAGAUCACUGUAGGACUAGGACAUUCCAGUCCAUUUGCCAGCUCUACCGUCCUGCCUAGGUGUCUGCCUGGGCAAUCACCUAUUCCGCCAUUGCAGCCAAGGCUCCCUGUUACACAGUCAGAUGCCCACCCUGGAGGCCCCAUCAUAACUGCCUCCACUUGUAGCCUAGCAUAUAGCUCGGGAAGCAUCUCUUCCACCUCUCCCGACUUCUGUGACAUCAGGGCCCUGCUGACGACAGGUGGCUCUGACACAGCCCUCACCCUGACUGUACCUGGAGAUGCAGCCAUCAGCCAGGCCAGGGCAGUCCUGUCAGAGAGACAGCCUGUGAACAAGCGACCUGAAGGAGGGAAAAUCCUAACCUCACACGAGAUUCGGGGGAGUCAAGCUUUCAUGUCUUACCGCCAUCUUAAACCAGCUAAUAUCUUCAGUGUGGAGUUCUUGCAAAGACGAACACGAAAGCACUCAAACCCACAGCAGGCAGGGAAAGUGCCCUGA